AUGCUUCGCACCCACUUAACAUUGAUUCAACUGUGUAAGCAAUCGGAUCAAGCACUGGCUCAAACUGAAAAACAUUUGGAACAAUUGGAUCACGUGACUCAACAAUGUGCGAACUAUUUUUGUGAGGAUGUAUCCAGCGGAUUCAAAUUGGUCGACUGUUUUGGAACAUUUCAUACAUUUUUCGAUCGUGUCACAAAUGCGGAACAGGAACUGGCGGAGGUCCGUAUGCAGAAACAAAAAAAUAUAGCUAGGGCACAACUUUUGACUGCAGACCCACCCGCACCUAAUCUGGGACCGAAACCGCUAUGGAAAAAGCCACCACGAAAAUCUUCUGCUCCGGGAUCAAAAUUGUUCCCAGGUGGAAAUUCCGAUCUGAUUUUCCAAUUACUCAAAGACCAAAAUCAGUCCGUUGCUCAAUCACUGAAUAAUCAAAAUACCACUCGACUACCAAUGUCUGUUUCCAGUUGUGAUUUAUCCUGGCAUGCGCAAAAACCACCCCCACCGCAACCGGGAAGCUCCGGUUGGAAUGGUGAAACCAGGUCCGACAAUUUUGCACCAUCUGAUCUCUCAGAAAGGAAGUUCAAAUUUUCCGUUCCAAAUCUAGCCGCGGAGAUGGGACAAAAUAAUUUCAAGUCUGAGCAAUCUGGACUCGUAAAUGGUUCAUCUGUGAGUUCAACUUCGAUCAUUCUGACACCUGUGACCUUGUCCGAUUGCACUGCUGGCCUGGUCCCCGUGGAACCGAUGCAAGCACCGGCUCCCAUUUAUCGAACUCGUUCCCGCGUGGACAUGGUCGUGACGCGACGCAAACGAUCGGAUAUCGCGGCCGGAUUACUCGGCGCGGAUCGGGAACGUCGCCUGAUAGCCGGCACAAAUCAGUUGUCGAUCUCGGUGGACUACGAUAAAGUGGGUGAGGACACAGUGGAUGAGUCGGAACAAAAUGUGAUCCGACGACUCACUCAACGGUUGAAUAGAAUCCAAGAUCAAGUGUACAGAGAACGUCCGGGAAACUGA